GAUCUUUCCGCCACCCAGACAAGGCUGACACCACCAAACACUUGUUGCUGCUGCGCACCAACCACCACCACCACAAGUGACAGUGCUCCUGCUUCUACCACCAUCACCACCAUCACCAGCGAUGAUAAGAGAGGUGUUAAGAGAAUCCUAGAACAAUUAAAAGAUAAAGUAGGGAUUGAAAAGGCUGUCCUCGAUUUAAAGUGUAAGAAAAUCAAGUAUCUGGAAGAAUAUUUGUCCCUUGAAUAA